AUGUCUCAACCCGCAGCCAAGCCAGCGGCCCCCGUCCAGAGUCAGCAGGUGAAGGUCGAAACGGAGCAGCGUUCUCCAAUUGCCAUCGCCCUUGCACGCUGGUUAAAGGACCAUCGCGAUCUCAAGCAGCGCGUGGGUUUGCUCAAUAAUGAACAGGACAUCAGCUUCUUCCGCUACAAGCGGUUCCGUCGUUUGUUGACAAGCGACGUGUACAAGAAAGCCCAACAGAAUCCCAAGAACGGUUUGAUUCCUAUAGAAGCCGACGUUGACGCCGACAAAGCGUUUGUAUUGUUGAUCCAAAACCAAAUGAUCGUCCCCGUGCAAAAAUUACACUGGGCUGAAAUCAAGGCCGUACGCGGAUGGAAACCCAACCGUCAAAAGCCGACGCUUAAGCGGAUCAAUGAGGCUCGCGUUGACCCUGACUCGUACUUCGCCUGGACCUACCAGAAGCCGAACCCUUACGCACCACUUUUGGCGUUAUUAUUUAUCGCAGCGGUGUUCACCGUCAUUUUGUUCCCGUUGUGGCCUAACUUCAUGAAGCGUGGGGUGUGGUACUUGCUGAUGGGUGCAUUGGGAUUGAUCGGUUGCUUCUUCGGUAUCGCCAUCGUGCGGUUGAUCGUGUAUGUCAUCACAGCAUUGACGAUGCCUCGCGGUCUUUGGUUGUUCCCCAACUUGUUCGAAGACUGCGGUGUCAUUGAAUCGUUCCAGCCUGCCUACGGUUGGGAAAAGGAGCGGAAGAAGAAGGGUAAGAAGAAGUCGAAGGGCACUGCCGCCGCGGCAACCCCCGGUGCUCUGGCCCCUGCUCCCGCUACCAGCACCAAAGCAAACUCCGCUUCCACUCCUGUGUCAGUGGGAUCGGAUAAACAGGCGGCUUCCGGAGCUGCUGCUGGCCAAUCUCUCCCGACUAAGAGAAAGGUGACUCUCGAAGAGGUUGAUGAGUAG